AUGGCUGAUAAAGAAGUGGAAUCUCCAACUGGAAGCAGAAAGUUUGACAGUUCCCCGCCCUCUUCUCUGGACAGUAAAACCGUGAACAAUGUGCAUCCAAACGCUUCCUCUAAAGAACCUUUGCAGUCGAACUCUGUACUUCCAAGGAAAUCGCUAAAAGACCAGAAAAAGGAACGCCUCAAGUUCAUCCUUGGAGCCUCGGAGGACAACUCAUCAGAUGACGAACUUCUCGUCACAAAACCACCAAGCUGCACCCCAUCCACCUCUACCUCCACUCCCAUCAUCUAUCCUCAAAAUGCUGAAAUUCAACAUUCUACCGGCAUGAAACCGAGCAUGUCCGGUCUUCAUUUAGUAAAAAAAGGCAGAGAACAACGAAAAAUGGACCCACCAAGAGAUGUUACUGUGGCCUCCCCAGCAGAGUUUGUCACCCGCUUUGGUGGUCGCCAUGUCAUAGAGAAAGUUCUGAUAGCCAACAAUGGUAUCGCAGCAGUGAAAUGUAUGCGAUCCAUUCGACGCUGGUCCUAUGAAAUGUUUCGUAAUGAGAGAAUCAUUCGUUUUGUAGUCAUGGUAACUCCUGAAGACCUGAAAGCCAAUGCAGAAUACAUCAAGAUGGCUGAUCAUUAUGUGCCUGUUCCUGGUGGGGCCAACAAUAACAACUACGCAAAUGUAGAGCUAAUUGUAGACAUAGCAAAAAGAAUUCCAGUGCAGGCUGUCUGGGCUGGUUGGGGUCAUGCUUCUGAAAACCCUAAACUUCCUGAACUGUUGAACAAAGCUGGGAUUUCCUUCUUGGGGCCAUCCAGUAAGGCCAUGUGGGCCCUUGGUGAUAAAGUGGCUUCAUCUAUUGUGGCACAGAGUGCCGACAUUCCCACUCUGCCGUGGAGUGGAUCAGGCCUGAGAGUGGACUGGGAUGAAAAGGAUCAGCAGCUCCAUGAUAUUGUGACCGUUCCAUCAAAUAUAUAUACACAUGGCUGUAUUCAUGAUAUUGAGGAUGGACUAGCUGGAGCUGAAAGGAUUGGAUAUCCGGUUGUAAUUAAAGCCUCAGAGGGUGGAGGUGGAAAGGGUAUUCGUAAAGUAGAAUGUGCUGAUGAUUUUCCAAGUUCGUUCAGACAGGUUCAGACAGAAGUUCCUGGAUCGCCUAUUUUCAUAAUGCAAUUGGCCCAGCAUGCAAGACAUCUAGAGGUUCAGAUACUUGCUGAUGAAUAUGGAAAUGCCAUCUCUUUGUUUGGACGAGACUGUUCCAUACAAAGAAGGCAUCAGAAGAUCAUAGAGGAAGCUCCCGCAACUAUUGCUCUUCCAUCUACAUUAGAGCAAAUGGAAAAGUAUGCUGUGAGAUUGGCCAAGAUGGUGGGUUAUGUCAGCGCUGGGACUGUGGAAUAUCUCUUCUCCGAAGAUGGAAGUUUCCAUUUUUUGGAGCUGAAUCCACGUCUACAGGUUGAACAUCCGUGUACAGAGAUGAUUGGAGAUGUCAAUUUACCAGCCGCUCAGCUUCAAAUUGCCAUGGGCAUUCCUCUUUAUAGAAUAAAGGAUAUACGUUUGCUCUAUAAAAAUGAUCCAUGGGGAGACUCUAUCAUUGACUUUGAAAAUCCAGACUGUAUACCAACACCAAGAGGCCACGUCAUUGCGGCACGGAUAACAAGUGAAAAUCCAGAUGAGGGUUUUAAGCCCAGCUCUGGCACAGUACAAGAAUUAAACUUUCGCAGCAGUAAAAAUGUCUGGGGUUAUUUUAGUGUCGGUGCAGCUGGUGGAUUACAUGAAUUUGCAGACUCUCAGUUCGGUCACUGUUUCUCUUGGGGGGAAAAUCGUGAGGAAGCAAUUUCAAACAUGGUGGUGGCUUUGAAGGAACUAUCCAUCCGAGGGGACUUUCGGACAACUGUUGAAUAUCUUAUCAAAUUAUUGGAGACCGAAAGCUUCAGAAACAAUGAAACUGACACUGGUUGGCUUGAUCAUCUCAUUUCAGAAAAAGUCCAGGCUGAGAGACCUGAUACCAUAUUAGGAAUUAUAUGUGGAGCUUUGCAUGUCGCUGAUGCUAGCUUCAGGAAGAGUAUGUCAGAGUUUUUGCAUUCACUUGAAAGAGGCCAAGUGCUACCUGCAGCAAGUUUACUCAACUCUGUCAAUGUUGAGCUCAUUUAUGAAGGAAUCAAAUACUGUCUGAAGGUGGCUCGGCAGUCCACAAACACUUAUGUCAUCAUCAUGAAUGGCUCAGACAUCGAGAUUGAUGUACAUAGACUUAGUGAUGGUGGCCUUCUUCUUUCUUAUGAUGGCAGUAGUCAUACCACUUACAUGAAGGAGGAAGUGGACAGUUACCGUAUAAUCGUGGGCAACAAGACCUGUGUAUUUGAAAAGGAGAAGGACCCCACUGUACUAAGGUCUCCAUCUGCUGGAAAACUGCUGCAGUAUGUUGUUGAGGAUGGAAGCCAUAUACAUGCUGGAGAGACCUAUGCAGAGAUUGAAGUUAUGAAAAUGGUUAUGACUUUGACAGUGCAACAGGCUGGUUGCAUUCAUUUUGUAAAGAGACCAGGAGCUGUCCUUGAAACUGGUUGUGUCGUUGCCCACAUGGACCUGGAUGAUCCCAGCAGUAUACUUAGGGUUGAACUCAAUACCUCUGUCCUUCCACCCCAACAACCACUGCCUGUCGUAGGGGAAAAGCUUCACCAGGUGUUCCAUACUGUGCUGGAGAACUUGAUUAAAGUCAUGGACGGGUAUUGUCUUGACGAACCAUACUUUAGCAACAAGCUAAAACAUUGGGUAGCGACCCUCAUGAAAGCGCUUCGAGACCCCUCAUUGCCUUUGCUGGAGCUGCAGGAGAUCAUGACGAGCGUGUCGGGACGUAUUCCUCAGAGUGUGGAGAAAGAUAUCCGUAAAGUCAUGGCCCAGUAUGCCAGCAACAUUACUUCAGUUCUUUGCCAGUUUCCAAGCCAAAAGAUUGCAAAUGGUCUAGACUGUCACGCAGCAACUCUGCAGAGGAAGGCAGACAGAGAGGUUUUCUUCAUGAACACUCAGAGUAUUGUGCAGUUGGUGCAAAGGUAUCGAAGUGGAAUCCGGGGUUAUAUGAAAGCUGUAGUUCUGGACUUGUUAAAGCGAUACUUGGAAGUAGAGAUGCAGUUUCAGCAAGCCCACUACGACAAGUGUGUCAUUAAUCUAAGGGAGCAUUACAAGCCUGACAUGACACCAGUCCUCAAUUAUAUCUUCUCUCAUGCACAAGUCUCAAAGAAGAAUGUCCUGGUCACUAUGCUCAUUGACCAAUUAUGUGGAAGAGACCCAACUCUUGCUGAUGAGUUAAUGACCAUUCUAAAUGAACUCACACAGCUAAAUAAAAUGGAGAACUCGAAGGUGGCUUUAAGGGCCAGACAGGUGUUAAUCGCCUCGCAUCUGCCAUCGUAUGAACUCAGACACAACCAGGUGGAGUCCAUAAUUCUGUCUGCUAUUGAUAUGUAUGGCCACCAGUUUUGUCCCGAGAAUUUGAAGAAGCUCAUCCUCUCAGAGACUUCAAUCUUUGAUGUUUUGCCCAACUUCUUUUAUCACACCAAUCAAGUUGUGUGCAUGGCUGCACUUGAGGUGUAUGUCCGCAGAGCCUACAUCGCCUAUGAGCUCAACAGCAUUCAGCAUCACCAGCUUCAGGAUGGGACCUGUGCAGUGGAUUUCCAGUUUAUGUUGCCAUCAUCACAUCCCAACAGAGGGAGAAGUCCUACUCUGAACAGACUUCCCAUUCCAGUGAACAAUACGGGACAGUUCAACAUGAGGCGACAAAGCAGUGAGUUGUUCUUGGAAGGAGCCCUGUCGCCGCCUUGUCAGCGCAUGGGGGCCAUGGUGGCGCUGCUGUGCUUUGACGAUUUCAAGAGAAACUUUGAUGAAAUCAUCUUGAGCUUUGCAGAUUCUUUUUUAGAAAAUGCAUCUUUCCUAGAAUCGUGUUCUAAUUUGUAUGAUGAAGAACAGAUAGAGAAUUCAAGGGAGAAUCCUAUUCACAUCAUAAAUGUGUCCUUAAAAACGGCAGACACAGAGGAUGAUGAUGUUUUGGUCACUGCUUUUUCUGAAUUUACUCAAUCGAAGAAGUCAGUUCUUUUUGAUUACGGCAUUAGAAGAAUCACCUUUUUGGUGGCUCAAAAGAGAGAAUUUCCAAAGUUCUUCACUUUCAGGGCAAGAGAUGAUUUUAUUGAGGAUCGGAUUUAUAGAAAUCUGGAACCAGCUUUAGCCUUUCAGUUGGAGCUCAACCGCAUGAAAAACUUUGACCUGAAAGCUGUUCCUUGCGAGAACCACAAAAUGCACCUGUAUCUUGGAGCGGCUCAUGCUCAGGAGGGAGCUGAAGUUACUGAUUACAGAUUUUUCAUUCGUGCAAUUAUUCGCCACUCUGAUCUAAUUACAAAGGAAGCAUCGUUUGAGUAUCUCCAAAAUGAAGGAGAGCGUCUGUUGCUGGAGGCUAUGGAUGAACUGGAAGUUGCUUUCAGCAACACUACAGUCACUGACUGUAACCACAUCUUUCUGAAUUUUGUUCCCACUGUCAUUAUGGACCCUUCCAAAAUCGAAGAGUCAGUUCGCUCCAUGGUUAUGCGCUAUGGCAGCCGCCUGUGGAAGUUGCGCGUUCUCCAGGCUGAACUUAAGAUCAACAUUCGGCAAACAAGCAACAGCCCUGCCAUCCCGAUCCGCUUGUUUUUGACUAAUGAAUCUGGCUACUAUCUAGACAUCAGUUUGUAUAAAGAAGUAAUAGAUUCAAGCACUGGGCAGAUUAUGUUUCAGUCAUAUGGUGAGAAGCCAGCUCCUCUGCAUGGCAUGCUCAUCAACACACCUUAUGUGACCAAGGACUUGCUACAGGCAAAGAGAUUUCAGGCCCAAUCUUUGGGUACUACAUAUGUCUAUGACUUUCCUGAAAUGUUCAGACAGGCAUUAUUUAACCUCUGGGGACCAAGAGACAAAGCUCCCAAAGACGUGCUCAUGUGUAUUGAGAUGGUGCUGGAUUCACAGGGGCGGUUAGUCCAGAUGAACCGACUACCUGGAGAUAAUAAAGUAGGAAUGGUUGCUUUUAAGAUGAGAAUGAAAACCCUGGAGUACCCUGAAGGUCGUGACAUUAUUGUGAUCUGUAAUGAUAUCACUCAUAUGAUUGGUUCGUUUGGACCUGAAGAGGAUGAGCUGUUCGUCAGAGCGUCUGAGCUUGCUCGAGCUGAAGGUAUUCCGCGCAUUUACAUUGCAGCUAACAGUGGUGCUCGCAUUGGCCUUGCAGAGGAGGUUAAGCACAUGUUUCAAGUGGCCUGGAUCGAUCCUGCUGAUCCUUACAAGGGGUUCAAGUAUCUUUACCUGACGCCUCAGGACUACGCACGCAUCAGCUCUACCAGUUCAGUCCACUGUCACCAUGUGGAGGAAGAGGGGGAGUCCAGGUACAUUAUCACAGAUAUCAUUGGGAAGGAUGACGGUCUUGGGGUUGAAAAUCUUCGCGGCUCUGGAACUAUUGCAGGAGAGUCAUCUCAAGCCUAUGAGGAUAUCAUUACCAUCAGCAUGGUGACAUGCCGGGCUAUUGGCAUUGGAGCCUAUUUGGUUCGCUUAGGACAGAGAGUGAUUCAGGUGGAGAACUCCCAUAUAAUUCUAACGGGUGCAAGUGCUUUGAAUAAGGUCCUUGGCAGAGAAGUCUAUGCUUCAAAUAACCAAUUGGGAGGAAUCCAGAUUAUGUACAACAAUGGAGUUACACACACCACAGUGCCAGAUGACUUUGAAGGUGUCACCACUAUACUACAGUGGCUCUCUUACAUGCCAAAGAACAAACAUUCUUCUGUGCCCGUUUUAUCGAUCAUGGACCCGGUGGACAGAGAGAUCGAAUUCACUCCCACAAAAGCACCCUAUGAUCCACGAUGGAUGUUAGCUGGAAGAACUACAGCCAAAGGUGAUUGGCAGAGUGGAUUCUUUGACCGUGGUUCAUUCAUGGAAAUCAUGAGAUCUUGGGCACAAACUGUUGUUGUCGGCAGAGCACGGUUAGGAGGAAUACCUCUUGGUGUUAUUGCUGUAGAAACCCGUACCGUUGAAUUGACAGUUCCUGCUGAUCCAGCAAAUCUGGAUUCAGAGUCUAAAGUUUUACAGCAGGCAGGACAGGUUUGGUUUCCAGACUCUGCAUUCAAAACUUCACAAGCCAUUAAUGACUUCAACCGUGAAGGACUUCCCCUCCUGAUAUUUGCUAACUGGAGAGGGUUUUCUGGGGGAAUGAAGGAUAUGUACGAUCAAGUUCUAAAGUUUGGAGCCUACAUUGUUGACGCCUUACACAAGUUCCACCAGCCAGUUUUAGUAUACAUCCCUCCCCAUGCUGAGCUGAGAGGAGGAUCAUGGGUAGUUAUUGACCCAACUAUCAACCCACUGUGUAUGGAGAUGUAUGCUGACCGAGAAAGCAGAGGUGGUGUACUUGAGGCAGAAGGAACUGUGGAAAUAAAAUUCAGAAGGAAAGAUCUACUGAAGACCAUGAGGAGAUUGGAUCCUGUUUAUGCCUGUAUUGCCCAGAACCUUUCAUCCCCAGAACUGUCAGAGAAAGAACGCAGAGAACUGGAGUUAAAACUCAAAGCUAGAGAAGAGUUCUUGAUGCCCAUCUACCACCAGGUGGCAGUGCAGUUUGUUGACCUUCAUGAUACCCCAGGCCGGAUGCAGGAAAAGGGGGUCAUCACUGAUAUUUUGGAGUGGAAGAAUGUGCGGUUGUUCUUUUACUGGCGUCUACGUCGGCUUUUGUUGGAGCAGGUGGUAAAAUGUGAGAUCCUGCAGGCCAACAAAGACCUCAGUGAUGGACACAUGCACUCGAUGCUGCGCCGGUGGUUUGUGGAGACAGAGGGAACUGUCAAGACGUAUCUCUGGGAUAAUAACCAAGCGGUUGUAGAGUGGCUUGAUACACAGUUGUCAUCAGACGAUGGUGCGCCAUCAUCCAUCCGUGAAAACAUCAAGUGUCUCAAGAGAGAAAACACUCUCAAACAUAUUCGCAGCUUGGUGGAGGCCAACCCUGACGUUGCAAUGGACUCUGUUAUCCACAUGAGUCAAAAUAUGACUCCAGCUCAAAGGGCUAAACUAUGCCAUCUGCUGGCCACGAUGGAUGACCCCAGCCCCAAUUAA